GGAAUAUCUGGAACUGGUAGAUGAUGGCAUUGAUUGCGAGGCUGCCUUUGGUUCUUCAACUUUCAUGUCCAUUUAGGCAUCAUUUUAAGAAGAGGCAGUGGGCUGCAAUUUCUAACUCAAAGAGACAUUCAGGAAUAUUAGGCUUUUCCAAGGCUGAAAUGGCAGCUGAUAGUGAUCCAUCCAAAGUGAUUGACUCGCAUUUGCAUGUUUGGGCAUCACCUCAAGAGGCUGCGGAGAAUUACCCCUACUUCCCUGGCCAAGAACCCUCUUUACCAGGUCAUGUCGGGUACUUGCUUGAGUGCAUGGAAGAAGCUGGUGUAGAUGGUGCACUCAUAGUACAGCCCAUUAAUCAUAAGUUUGAUCAUUCUUAUGUAACAAGUGUGUUGAAGAAACAUCCAUACAAAUUCGUUGGUUGUUGCCUUGCAAAUCCAGCAGAAGAUGGAAGCGGCAUCAAACAGCUUGAAAAUCUCAUUUUGAAGGAUGGGUACUGUGCCGUUCGCUUCAAUCCAUACUUAUGGCCACCUGGGCAACCGAUGACAAAUGAAGUUGGGAAAGCAAUGUUUUCGAAGGCCGGAGAGCUUGGAGCGCCUGUUGGUAUCAUGUGCGCAAAAGGUCUUAAUAUGCAUCCAGAAAUUGAACAACUCUGUGAAGAAUUUCCUUCAACAGUUGUUCUGCUCGAUCAUGUAGCCUUCUGUAAACCCCCAACAAAUGAUGAGGAACAACAAGUCUUCAAUGAACUGCUGAAGCUCUCUAGAUUUCCACAGGUUUAUGUAAAAUUCAGUGCCCUAUUUAGAGUGUCAAGGAAACCAUAUCCAUAUGAAGAUCUAUCCGACCUUUUAUCAAAGAUCGUCUCCAGCUAUGGUGCCAACCGUGUGAUGUGGGGAAGUGACUUCCCUUAUGUAGUUCCCGAGUGUGGCUAUAAGGAAGCAAAAGAAGCAGUGUGUCAGCUCGCCCAACAAGUGAAUUUAUCGUCUUCUGAAUUGGAAUGGAUCAUGGGUAAAACGGUGAAGCAAAUCUUUAACAAGCAUUGGUAGAAGAUGGAGUUGGCAUUUUCUCAUUAUGUGACUGAACUAUGAAAUGUUAAUUGAAACUUACUUGAAUCGAAAGGAUUUGAAUUGGGUCUUAUUGUACAAGUGUUUGUGCUCUAGAGGAACAGCAAACAUACUUCUCCCAGUGUUUAUCCUCCUAGUGGUUGUAAUAUUGAUAUAUACAGGUGAAAAUGGACUUUGUACUGGCGAACGAUGUAGAAUAUGAAUUUUCAGUUUCGUAAAGAAUCAA